AGUGGGUGGGAGGCAGCGGGAGAAGAAGAAGGGGAGCAGAUGAACCCGGAGACAGGGAUGUCCAGAAUCAUGUCCCCGGCUCUUUCUUGCUCCAUAACCGUAACAUGAUACCCGCUGCUCCCGGAGCGCUUGCCCGAAGGAUGCCGACCGCGGCCAGGCGGAGCGGCUGCUGGAUAGCAUGGUGCCAGGCGGUGCUGCUCGGUGUGUCGGCGCUGGUUAUCAUAGCCGAGCGGAGCGCACUGAUCUACUGUAUUGGAUUCUACCUUUGGAAUGAGGAGACUCAAUGGGCGGGCCUCACACUCGGCCUCUUCCUUCCUGGGACUGCUGUUCAGCUGCUAAGUGUGAAGUGGUACUAUGAUGAUGGGGAUGAACGGCGGUGCUAUCUCUCUGUUAUACACAUACUACACUUGGGCAUCUUUAAAAGGUUAUGGGACUGCAUGAGGUCUGUGCUGCGCAUGCAGGGCUCAGUUGCUGAACUCGGUGCUGCUGUCAUGCAGCAGGCAGAUGUUGCUGCUCUUUGGCUGCUGGAAGCACUUGUCCUUACACUGCCUCAGAGCCUGCUGCAGGCAUAUGUCGUUGUGUCUACAGAUGUGGGGAUAAUGUCACCAGUGGCAUAUUGCUGUGGCUUAUGCGUGCUGUCCAUUUCCUGGGCCCUGGUUUUGUACAGUCGAGCCUGCUGCCUGAUAAGACCAGGCCAUUUGGCUAUGCCUCCAGCAGCCCUGCUGUGCCAGCUGGUCUGGAGAGCAGGCAUGUUGGGUGCCAGAGUGACCUGCCUCAUGUUUUUUGCCAGGGUAUUCAACUGGUGGGUCUGUGGGGUAGCAGGUUUUCACUGGCUCACAGCCUCCUUCUGGCUAGUAUCACAGCAACCGGACAUUUGCACUGGCCACUGGUGUUGGCGUGCCUUUAAUGGCGUUGUGGGCCUCAUCCACGUCUUCCUCUUCCUCAACGUCAAAGACGGACCCUCCCGCUUUCGCAUGGCUAGCUUCUAUGCAUUCAUGCUUGUAGAGAAUGUCACUCUACUGCUGGCCGCCUCCGACUUCCUGAGCGAAGCAUCGUGGGAUAGCAUGACCCUCCCCACCUCUGUGCUGUUCAGCUUUUUUCUUGGAGCCACUUCUUUGCUUCUUUACUACCGGUUCCUCCAUCCCAAGUCCACAGAGAUCUGCCAAGGUACAAACCGACACCAGAUGGGCAGCACAUGCAUAGAACAAGGCGAGUCGUCUUUCUCCCUUGGAGACAAAAGUCUGCCAGCAUCUUCUGUCCAGAAUCACGGCAGUUUCUCCCUGUCUGGGGUGGCGGGGUCUCUCCUGGAGCACCCAGGAAACUGUCAAGGCCAAAGCUCCUGCCCUUGCUUCCACCACCACUGGCUCUUGAUCCGCCUAGCCCUAAAGACAGGAGAUCUAUGUAAAAUCAACAGGGCAUAUGGUGCUGGUGGACCAGCGGCAAUUCUAGACAUGGAGGAGUAUAACCAAGAGUUUAAAAGUAAUGAGGGCAUCACCUUUACAGCUGGAGGCAGUUGUGAGGGCGUGUCCACCUCUGAGUCCCAGGGAAAAGGCCUUGCACCGCUCUCAGACUGCAAAGAUGAGUUCCAGAGCUUGAGCGAGCCCACAUCGACUGAACAACCUGAGGAAGAGGAUGACAGUCUGGAAAUGGAGAGCCCCAUGGAGUCACCUGAGUCAGAUUUCAAGCGCAGCUCCCCAGAGGGUAAGUCUGUUUUUGGAGACAGCCCAGAGCCUUACUACUGCCCCACAGAAUCAAGCUCCACCUUAUACUUCAGUGCCGACCCCCAAUCCCCCAGCAGCGCUAGUAACCCCCGUUUGGACCGGGACAUUGGGAGUCUGGAACAGGGGGUCCGCCUUAGCUCCAUCCCCAGCGAUCCGGCCCUGCACAGAGAUGUGCGGGGACUCAUGGGCCGCGUCGGGCCACGCUGCACUUCCACUCCUAAACUGGACUGUGGGGUGUCGGAUUCUCCUCCCAGCGUGCCCCGUCUCACAGGUCCAAGAAGGCAGCUCAUAUUGUCCCGAAGAGAUGAAGAGAAUACCUUCUAGCUGUAUUGUGGUGCAAUCAGGGAACAACUUAACAACAGCAGCUUAUCCGACAUUAAUGGAGCACACCAGCUUUAUUAUUUUUCGGUGUUGUAGGAGGAAAGCUGUUAUUUCACAUCUUUAUCAGAUUAUCGGAUAUAUACAACACUACAUGUAAUUAGGAAAAAUAUAAAUAGCAUCUAUUAUUCUUAUAACAUGAAACAUUCUUAAUGUUUGCUAUCAAAUGUUGGAAAGACUGAAACUAUCUUAAAGUGAAACUCACCAUAAUGUAAAGGCAUCACCCCGACCCCAGACAAAUUUUGAAAAAGAGAAUCUGAGUGGCAGGGCUAAGUGUGGAAAUGAGUGCUGGGGCGUAACAUAGACAGUGAGCAGAUUAAUGCUGGGAGAUAUGGCACAGAUGGAUGUGAGGCAGUGGACCAGAGUCUUAUCACUUUGAGCUGAUUGCUUUAAGGCAGAGUCCUGCAUGGGUCUGAUUUUUUUAAAAAUUGUAUCCACCUGCACCUGUAGAGUUCAGAACUGAGACCUGACCCAUUACUAGUGUUGCGCGGUUGCCAUUUUUUGCCCCCGAAACCGAUACCCCAUACCUGGCUGUUCAGUAUUGGCUGAUACCCAUACCAUACUGAUACCAUCUGUGUGAAAUUUAUGUGUGUGUAUAUUUGAAGAACUGCAUACUACUUUGAUGUAAAAUAAUUGCCAUCAUGGCUUUUUCAAGCUGCUGCCUUCCUUUAUGAAGGUCGAAAAAGACUAAUACAAAGUGAAUCCAGUAGAACUUUUUAUUGCCUACCUGCAAUGGGUGACAAUAGUUGAAUAAACUUUUGGCUCUCAAAAUGGUAUCGAUGCCCUAUUAGUUGGUACUCGCCGAUAGCGAUGGCACCAUUUUGGUGCUGGAUAGGGGCCCCGCCUGAUAACGGUAUCGGUGCAACACUACCCAUUACCCGUAAUUAUCCUCAUUUAAAACUUGGCCGGGACGGCUCGGAACCAUUAAUAAUAAAGUGCGACCCGACCCGUGAUCAUAAAGUGUAAACACAGCCGCUUCAGCCACUUUGGAUGUUAUCAUCCCAUUAAAUGGCCGUAAUUAGCAGUUAUCAGUCCCAGAAUGGCUUCAGAAAAUCUUUAAAACAGCUUUUUUUGAAAGAAGGUAUGCUGUAAAUAAAGUAGACAAAAAGUACUAAGUAGGUAAAUACAUUUUCGUGAAUUUUUUAAAAGAAAU